AUGGCACAUGGUAACCCAUUGAUUCCCUUGGAUGGGAGGGCUGAAGCCAGGCUGAGGACAAAAAUCGAUUUUUAUGUGGUGCCCACGGUCGCUAUUCUCUACCUUUUCUGCUUUAUUGACAGAGCCAACAUUGGUAACGCAAGACUCGCCGGGUUUGAGAAAGACCUUGGCUUGCACGGCUACGAUUACAACAAAGUGCUGACAGUCUUCUACGUGGGUUACGUGGUUUUCGAAAUGCCCGCGAGCUUCGCAUGCAAGUUUUUCGGUCCGGGCUGGUUUAUUCCCACAAUUGCCUUUGGAUUUGGCAUCUUCUCGCUUCUCACAGGGUUCUGCACCAAUAUCGGGAAUGUGUCCGCCGUCCGGUUCCUGCUUGGAGUUUGCGAAGCCGGCAUGCUUCCCGGAAUCGCGUACUACCUCUCUAGGUGGUAUCGACGGAGCGAGCUUGUCUUCCGGCUAUCGUUGUAUAUUGUCAUGACUCCCCUUGCUGGCGCCUUUGGGGGUCUACUUGCGUCGGCUAUAUUGAAGCUUGAUCAUGUGGGCUCCUUGCGGACCUGGAGAUUGAUCUUUGUCAUUGAGGGAACGAUCACCUGCGGCCUAAGUUUACUAUCCUUCUUCACCCUAACUGACCGCCCCGAGACGGCUAGGUGGCUUACACCCGACGAGAGGGACCUCGCUAUCGCACGGGUGAAGUCGGAGCGCACAGCAAGCACUGAAGUCCUCGACGGAUUCAACAAGAAUAAAGUGCUUAAAGGAAUCCUCAACCCUGUCACAUUAACGACCGCAGUCAUCUUCGGCCUGGGAAAUAUCACAGCGCAGGGUCUGGCUUUCUUUGCGCCGACAAUCGUCAAAAGUAUUUAUCCUCAGCAUAGUGUGGUUUCACAACAGCUACACACCGUACCGCCCUACAUCGUUGGUGCAGGUUUCGUCCUCAUCUUAUCUUACCUGAGCUGGAAGACUGGCCGUUACCUCAUUUACUACAUUAUUGCUGUUCCAAUCACCAUGUGUGGAUUUGCAAUAUUCCUCGGGACUCGGAAUGCAAAUGUGCGCUACGCUGCAACCUUCCUGGUGGCGAGCUCUGCAUUUCUAUUUGGGACCUUGAGCAACGCUUUGAUAUCUGCGAAUGUUAUCUCGGACACUUCCAGGUCAGCCGCAAUAGGAGUCAACGUUUUGCUUGGGAACAUCGGAGGAUUGAUCUCGACAUGGUCCUACCUUCCUUUCGAUGGGCCCGAUUACCAUAUUGGAAACGGCUUGAACCUCGCGGCCAUCUCGAGCUGUUUUUUACUCUCUAUUAUGCUCUUGAUAUGGAUGAAAUACGACAACACGAAGCGCACUGCUACGGACACCUCAGAUGUCAGCAGGAUGUCGAUCAAGGAAUUGCAGGAUCUGGACUGGCAACAACCAGCCUUCCGCUGGAAGCCGUAA